AUGUCUGAAGCAAAACUGAGGCCUAGAGACUCCGCUCUCGGGGUCAUCAAGGAGGUCUUCAACUGGUACCCGUCUAAUUAUCCGUCCGAGGAGAGAAGGUUACUAUUCAAGCUAGAUUUGUCAAUCCUGGUCUUUGCCUGCCUAUGCUUUUUUGUCAAAUACCUGGAUCAGACGAAUAUCAGCAAUGCCUACGUUAGCGGUCUCAAAGAGGAGUUCGCCCUCUACGGAAAUGAGCUGAAUUACUUCAACGUCUGCUAUUUCACAGCCUACGUUGUUUUUCAAGUUCCCGGCCUGCUGUUGAUGUCGCGUCCCAAGCUAGCUCGAUGGCUACUUCCUGGGCUUGAAAUAUUAUGGGGUAUCUGCACCUUCGCCCAGAGCCGCGUCACCAGUGUCAAUCAGAUAUAUGCGCUACGUUUCCUAGUUGGCAUGCUGGAAGCCCCCGUUUUUGCUGGAACACAUUUCAUUCUCGGAUCCUGGUAUUCAGGCCCAGAGCUCUUCAAGCGGGCCGGAACAUGGUUUAUCUGCAAUGCGCUAGGUACCAUGGUCAGUGGCUAUCUUCAGGCAGCUGCCUACACCAAUCUGUCCGGGGUUGGUGGCAUGCCAGGCUGGAGAUGGCUAUUCAUCAUUGACGGCAUCUUCACGAUUCCCGUAGCGUUGAUUGGCUUCUUCAUUUUCCCGGGUAUCCCAGACUCGCCUCGACCAUUCUAUUUAACAGAGAGUGAUAUAGCCUUGGCCAAGGAGAGACUGCGCAGAGCGAAGAUCCGUCGACCGGGGAAGUUGAAUGCAGAUGUCUUCAAGCGUAGCUUGAAGCGCUGGCAUAUCUGGGUUUUUAUUUUCUGCUAUGCAUGCAUGAUUAUUUCUUCCUAUCCUAUGGGCUAUAUGAAUCUGUGGCUCAAGGCUGAGGGGUAUUCGGUCACUCAAAUCAAUCAACUACCUACGGUCACUUACGCAAUUAAUAUCGUUGCCUCAUGGCUUGGAAGUACACUUGCUGCCAUCUACCCCGAAUGGGUAAUUUUCUCGAUUGGCUCGGUGUGCUGUUUCUUCUCGGCGAUCUGUAUGAUUGUGUGGUUUAUUCCCACGGGCUUGAAGUUCGUUGCAUGGUAUCUCUUUGGCGUCUCUGGCUGCUUAAGUCCCAUCUUGUAUUCAACCGUGAAUACGAUUGUCAAGGAUGAUUCUGAGGAGAGGGCAUUGAUUAUGGGCUCUAUGAUGACCUUUGGUUACUCCUUCAAUAUCUGGGUCCCACUCCUGCUUUUCCCGACUGCUGGCCCGAAUGGCGCUCCCCGGUGGAAGAAAGGCUGGCCAGUGGCUUUUGUGUUUUACUUUUUGCUCUGGGCGGGCUUUAUGACAGCUGUGAUCAUCCAUCGACGUGAGAAACGAAAAGAAGCUGCCUUGGCUGCUCAGGAAAGCACGGACGAGGAUGUGGAAACUAUCAUUGUUGACCAGGACGCGAAUGCUAAAGCUGGAUCAAAGGAUUAG